ACUCCAUGCGCACGCCGCUGCGGAAUGCAAACGUGUCAUGUGACCGGGUCAGGUGAUAAGAAGGGAUGCAGUGACGUAAUAAACAGGGAAGUACGGUUUUUAAAGACAUGUGGUGUUUUUUUUUUUUCAGAGAACAACAUCAACAUCAAAAGCCAGAAGUAGAAAAAGAAAAAUACUUACAUGCACCAGGUGACGUUAAAAAACAGCUGCUAAACAGAAUCCCGUGUGCUGCCAUGGACAGUGUGAAGAUGGAGUCUGUCCAGAUUAAAGAGGAGUUCCCUGAACUUGAACUUGUCCCCAUUAGAGUGGAGUUCUCUGGGCUGGCUUCUCUCCCCAUUAAACAGGAGAUCUGUGAGAUGCAAUGUGACAGCAGUCAACCAGAGGUCUCUGAGAUUAAAGCUGAGCACAAUGAAUUGGGGAUCCCCCAGACAGAAGAACCCCUUCCUGUGAAACAAGAAGAGGUGCUGGAAACUGUCCUUAUUAAACGGGAGCCCCCUGAAGUAGAGUUUGACCACAUGGAACCAGGGAAGGAAGAAUCCGAGGACUUCAAACCAAACAUCCCUGAGCUGGAGCCUGUACGCCUGCGGGAGUGUAGCGUGGUGCUGGAGAGAAUCUGCAUGAGAGAGCAAGGCGCUGGAGAGGAAGGCUCUCCCAACAGCACACAAGGAGGUGGAAAGAAAGACGGGCGCUCCCAUUCAGAAUGCAGUCUAGCAGGUUCCAGUCCAGCAGCUAAAGCGAGGGCGGGCGCUGGAGAAUAUCCUGACUGUGGGAAAGGUUUCACCCAGUUAAGGCAUUUUAAAACACACCAGCGAACUGACACAGGAAAGAAACCGUAUCGCUGCUCUGACUGUGGGAAGAGUUUCAGUCAGUCCUCCAACCUUGUUAGACACCAGCGAACUCACACAGGAGAGAAACCGUAUUGCUGCUCUGACUGUGGGAAGAGUUUCAGUCAGUCAGGAGACCUGAAAAAACACCAGCAAACUCACACAGGAAAGAAACCUCAUCGCUGCUCUGACUGUGGGAAGAGUUUCAGUCGGUCAGACAGCCUUGUUUCACACCAGCGAACUCACACAGGAGAGAAACCUUAUCGCUGCUCUGACUGUGGGAAGAGUUUCACUCGUACAGGACACCUUUUUUCACACCAGCGAACUCACACAGGAGAGAAACCGUAUCGCUGUUCUGACUGUGGGAAGAGUUUUAAUCAGUCAGGCAACCUUGUUACACACCAGCGAACUCACACAGGAGAGAAACCGUAUCCCUGCUCUGACUGUGGGAAGAGUUUCAGUAGGGUAGACCACCUUGUUUUACACCAGCGAACUCACACAGGAGAGAAACCGUAUCGCUGCUCUGACUGUGGGAAGAGGUUCAAUCGGUCAGAAAACCUUGUUACACACCAGCGAACUCACACAGGAGAGAAACCGUAUCCCUGCUCUGACUGUGGGAAGAGUUUCAGUAGGGUAAACCACCUUGAAACACACCAGCGAACUCACACAGGAGAGAAACCGUAUCACUGCACUACAUGCAGGAAGAGUUUCAAUAACCCAGGAUCCCUGAAAACACACCAGCGAACUCACACAGGAGAGAAACCGUAUCACUGCACUACAUGCAGGAAGAGUUUCAAUAACCCAGGAUCUCUGAAAACACACCAGCGAACUCACACAGGAGAGAAACCGUAUCGCUGCUCUGACUGUGGGAAGAGUUUCAGUCAGUCGGGCAGCCUUGAAACACACAAGCGAACUCACUCAGGAGAGAAACCGUAUCGCUGCUCUGACUGUGGGAAGAGUUUCACUCGGUCAGGACAUCUUGUUUUACACCAGCGAAUUCACACAGGAGAGAAACCGUAUUGCUGUGCCGACUGUGGAAAGAGUUUCCGUCACUCAGUAACCCUGAGAAAACACCAGCGAAGUCGCACAGGACAGAAACUGUAUCGCUGCUCUGACUGUGGGAAGAGUUUCUGUUUUAAACAAGGCCUUCAAAAACACCAGCGGACUUUUCACUCAUGAGGGAAAAAAAACGUUAACCUUGCAUUAUGAAUCCCUGUGCAAUUACUGUUCUGUGCAUCACUCUUAAGAGCAUGCAUUUUCAAUGGUAAAAAUGCUCUUCAACUCUCUUGCACUGUGAUUGUGUCAGAAAGUGGGCGGAGACGCGGACACGAGAAAGGCUUCUCUGCUGUCAGUUUAACUCCGGCUGUUAAUGCAGUCAGUGCCUGAGAGCGGGAAUAUGCAGAAUGGAAACUAUUCUGCACCUCAUCUGAUGGACGAGUCAGGAGAAAUCGAUAACUCAGUGUGGGGAAUGAGUUUCAGGGUUUAGCAUUUCAACUUCAUUCACUUGAAAAUAAAUGAAUUGAUGAGAACGAGUAUCCUGACCCCGGUAUGUAGCAUCCCAGAGACAAGACUGCACCGUCCUUACUGGACAACCGCCUGGAGGGUUUGUCUUGUAAAUUCAUCACGAUUCUAAAUCUAAUGAAAACUGAUAGUGUCCCCAUGACUGCAUUAUGACAGGGGUGACUGAAUACUGCGUGGCGUGUAGCUUUGCAAUGUGCAUUGUCCAUGCUUGUGUUUGUGCUGCUCUUGUAAACUGCCCUGAGUAAUAGCAGUGUUGCAAGCACGUGUACGGAGCUUGGGUACAGAAAGGCAGACCGGUUUCAUCUCUGGCUCUUUCUUGCUCUUUUGUAGUAUUUUACACUCUCUGACAAAUUCCAAAUGAAAAUGUAGCUUAACUAUGACUAUUAAUGGAUUAAGCUUUCAUUACAGAGCACAAAGUAAUAUAAAAUGCAGUGUGGUAAUGGAA